GCUGCAAUCGCACUAGGAAAACAGCUGUGAAGAGCUAAAAGCUAGUUAGCAACGUUUGUUUUUGUCGUGUGUGUCAGCGAUUUGAGCAGUUCCUUGAGCAGACCGUUAUCAUUACAUUUAGGAGUGACCGACUUGUUGUCUGUCAUCUCUUUUAACGAUGAAGUUCCAGUACAAAGAAGAGCAUCCUUUUGAGAAAAGACGGUCCGAAGGCGAGAAAAUAAGGAAGAAGUAUCCGGACAGGGUACCUGUAAUUGUGGAGAAAGCCCCCAAAGCCAGAAUAGGAGAUCUGGACAAGAAGAAAUAUCUUGUCCCCUCCGACCUGACAGUGGGACAGUUUUACUUCCUCAUCCGGAAAAGAAUCCACUUGCGAGCUGAGGAUGCGCUCUUCUUCUUUGUAAACAACGUCAUUCCACCCACCUCAGCUACCAUGGGACUGUUGUACCAGGAGCAUCAUGAAGAGGACUUUUUCCUCUACAUUGCCUACAGUGAUGAGAGUGUGUACGGGAGCAGCCAAAGGGAAAUCUGAUCCCACCACCACCCCCCCUCCAACCACUCCCCCCCCCCCUUUCUGAGACCUCCACCAUGCAUUCAUUUAAAUAUUAAAUCCAGCUCCGCAGCUUAGUGUUCCCAGAGUAAAUAUGUCGAAUGCACUUUCGCCACCCAUACGAUACCCCGCUCCCAUCCAUUCAUGUCUUAUAUUAUUCUGCAGUCUGAAUUGUAUUUGCCUCCCACUUUUCUUUUCACUAGCAACUUGAGUUAAGUGGUCUCGUGGCCAGUUGUUUUUCCAGUGUCGUAAUUGAUCAUGCUUUGCUGAGAGCAGGAAUGACGAAAUAAUGUUAGAAGUAGCCCAUAAAUAUAGUUACCCCAGGGUUAAGGGAAGAAAGACAUCGUAUGUGAGUUCAAAUCACCUCUUAUUGGCAAUGGCGAUAGAUAAUUUUUUGUCCACUCUGCUGGCUUGCAGGAGUAUAACGUGUGUUUUGAGUUGAGGUUAGGCAAUGAAUAGCAUCUACCAGUUGAAGGCAGGUCAUUUUGUCUCGGGCAAAGUAAAGGAUAACUGUUUUGCAGCAGUUCUUUGAUUGAGUCUGUGAUUGAGAAUGUAGUGGGCUGCCCCGCUUCUGACCUUAGCAAGGAGCAUAAUAGAAUUCAGACUAAACAAUCAUCCUCUGCUUUCAGUGGUAAGACUAUUAUGUUGACUGCUACUAUGAUUAUUGUUGUUAUUAUUGUUAAUUUAGAUGGCUUGAUUUCUAAAAGGUAUUGUAAAGCUGAGUGCAAUUUUCUUUUUUAAGUUUGUCUCCUUUUUUUUUAAGAAGAAAAAAAGAUUUGAACUCUGUAUACAGCUGCAUUACUGGCUCUUUCUCUCCACUCAUGACCAUACAUGAUAAAAUGUGAUUAAAAGCUA